AGCUUUCCAUUUCAUAGACCGCGAGUCACUCCCUCAUUUUUGCUCCUUCAGUUUCCUCUUAUGAUAAUCUCGACAAUAUUUUGUACUAAACUCCUGUUUACAGACUGAAUUUAAGCAAGAAGUUCUGCUCGUAUGUAACAGGCAGCAAUUUUUCGUUUUCAAUAAUGAAGUAUUAUACAGUUAUUAAUUCAGUUGUAGAAAAAGCUGCACUGUAUUAGUUACAAAUUCAGUUGUUGUAUUCGUUGAAGAAUCAACUUUGUAAAAACAAUUCUCAAGAAUACGAAAAUUCUGUAUUAUGAUUUUGAACUAACAAUCCAAGGAGGACGAUCACCUACAUUUAGGUACCUAAAAGUAUCGAGUUUGAUUUUGAUGAAACAUGCUCCUUCGUGAGAUUUGAACGCCGAAUUACUAGUGAGUAUGACUAAAAGAAUUAUGCCUCUGCUCAAAGGAAUUAUCAUUAUGCCCUUUGAAUAAAUCGAUCAACAGCACUAACUACACCCUAGAAGUACGUAGAUAGAUCGAAACGAAACUUUCUCUACCGUCAGUGUCAACAACAUCAUAAGGAAAACCUUCACCAAUUUCACAUCCAGCGUUCUUGUUAAAGAGUACAAUUCUUCAUAGACAUAGACGAUCGGUUGCGGGUCAUGUGUAGUUGUAAGACGAUCUUUCGGGAAAAGCCACAGCUCCACUUUUCAACCACAUGAUCCUCGACCUCAAAAAACCUUCCUGAGUUUUGCAGAGACGAUCCUUUUGGAAUUGUUGUGUUGAAGCCUACGAUUAGGAUCACAGCACAUUGAUUGCUGUGAAGUUGUAGGAUCAUGCAUUGCCGGAAAAUCAAUCAAAUCUCCUUCGGCUCUAUGAAGAGACAACCAUUCUGAUCUGCGGAUCAUAGGAUUCGUCAGUCAGAACAUCUCAUAGGAUUUAGAUAGACUUCUUCCCAACGUCGAUUUCCUCUCAACGUCGAUAGACCCCUGACCGUCUCACAAAAUUCGACACCACAGAGUAAGUGUUGCAUGUUUUGUUUUGUUCAUUUCAGCGCGAGAACUUCAAAUUCGAAUUCCUACUAUUUAGAAGACUUUCUGCUCUUGUUCAUGGAUUUUGAUUUUUCAACUACAACACUCCUCGCUCCUUUUGUCACAUUUAUUAAAUGCGAUUAUUAAGUGCGAUAGUUGUCUUUUCCCUUUCAUUGAAUGAGGAUUCUUAGGACUUGAACUUGUCUUACAUUUCGACGAUCUACAAGACGAGAACUCAACCGAUUUCCUCAAAAAAAAUCUACCCGUUCUUAUAGAGACUGUGCUCAGAAAACUAGGUGAAUCUUCGUGCAAGAGACGUGAACUUAUUCUGUCUUAAUAUCUAAGCCGAUAAAUGUCCGUCGUGAAACUUUUGAGGUCGUGAGUGUUUGAUGUUAUAUAGGAGCGGCGCAAGCUGCAGUUAAUAAAGGUGAGGUCGCCUCGAGAUAGAUUAUUAUUAGUAAAGUCCUGUAAAGAACAUAUAGCAAUAAACUGCUUUUAUAGCUCAGGAUUAAAGAGCAAAAGUAGCAUCGCGCAGAAACCCAUCUUUGUUGGAAGAACAUUAGAAUUAAGUUGACGCUUGUAAUUGUAUUCACAUAGCUACUCACUGCCAACACUUCUAAUUUACUACUUCUCAAAUUCUAAAUUUAAUAGAGUAGAUGCGGAAUUAGCAGAGGUCGUGCUGCUUAACAACUUCUACAAAUCAAUCAAUCUUAUCAAUUAGUGCUCUAAUCUGCUACGGCUCUUAGAUGCUUCGCACUGGGUACCUCUGGCUACAACAUUGUAGGUUCUAGUGCUGAAGAAGUAACAUAAACAUAUUCAGUUCUAGAUAACAUUCUGGGUCAUGGACAAUAACACAUACACCCAUAGGACUGCACGCAGACAUACUUGAUAUACGCGAAGCUAAACUCUGACGACUCUGUACUACUUUUGUGUACUUACAUGAGAACAACGAGUGAAGGCUUAGUAAAACAAGGACCAAACUUGAGUCGUUGAGGUCUAUGUGAGCAUUCCCCCCUCGAUUCUUCUAGUAUUGGUCGUGUUAUACUAUUCUAGAAGGCGCGACUUGGGGUUCGUCAGAUCAUAGGAUAAACCUUUCCACCUAUGGAGUUCGUCAGAUCAUAGGACAAACCUUUGUUCCACCUACGCCGUCCAAUUAUUCGCACCGAAGAAAGGAUCAUCUGUUUGUAAUUAAAUUGUUGUAGCAAAAAAUUACUUCUACCUAUUAAUGCCUAUGCUCGUACUAAGAACUACCCUUUUGAUACAGGAAUAAGAAAUUCGUUGCGCAGCCCACAUUUCUAGGUUAGAAUAUCACCUUCUAGUUCUAUUUCUGACAGAAGAUCCUGCUCUAGCUAGUGACGUAAAUCUGCUUCUAGUCCACCUUGCAGUGAUCGAUUAGAUAGAGGAAUAUAAGAGCAGUACAUCGUUGUUAACAAGUGCUGUACUGUAGCUGCUAAAAAUAGUUUUGUUUGUCUGCUUAUUUCGUUCGCUACAGUCCGGCGGCAGCCUUACAAUCCUUCCUGGCGCCCGCGAAACAUACAGCGUCUGAACACCACGACGAAAACAAGACGAGGAAACAGCCAUAUUAGUAUUACUGCCCACCACCAGUGGAGCAGUAUACGAUUGUUGUGGCACUCUACACCCGCGGAUCAAAGACACGCAACAUCCAGACUAAACAAGACUGAUACAGCACGCUUAAGAACAUCCUCCUCAUGAUUCCCCUCGUCUUCUUCGACAAGCACUGAAAAGUUGCGCCAACAAGACGCGAUUCUUCAAGGAGCACCAAAAUCUUUCUUUAGCACAAGAACCUCCAUCAAGAAAGUGAUAGUAUGAGCAAACCAGGAGCGACAAUGAAGGUUCCGGAGGGCGAAAUUGGGUCGUCCGCCGAUGGUGGAGUGGCGCGUGCGCCUCCAGCUGCAGCAUCGGAGAAGGCAGUCCGCAAGGAAUCCCUCGAUCCACCUACCUCUCUCUCCUCCGGAGCAACACCAGCUACAACAACGAGCAAAAAACCACUCAGAGAUUCUUCCUCUUCCGGCCUUUCGGGUUCCGCAACCACGCCUGUAGCAGCAAGGCAAUCCCUAAGUCCCAAGAUGAUUGGGAACAAGAAUACACAGACUACUUCCACCAGCGGCACCACGAAAAGCGCGAAGGCGCCAGCGGAUAUGUCGGUGUCGGUGACGAUGCUCACGGAUAAGAACGGGAAACAGCAACAAGCGUUCCUUGAUCAGAAUGGAAUGGUACUGUUUAUUGAAACCUGUAUAUUGGAUGAGAACAAUUUAGAACGAAGAGGAGUCUCUAACUCUGUAUCUGUAAUUGUUUCUGAUGGUUAGAGUGCUACACUUCUUGCUUGUAUUCUCAGAAACCCGGAUAUCUGAUUUCUUAGAUGAGACAAACCGAGAACAUUUGGACUAUCAUCUAUCAUCCCUAUCAGGUUCUAGACGAUUCCCAUGGUGUUUUCACCGACAUUCUGGAGGCCCAGGGCGCCGGUGCUAAGCGCUACAAGCUGUGGAAAGCCUCUAUUUCGAAGAACAAUAUGCUUCUAGAUGUCUGGCGUGACCAAGACGGCAACAUUUUCCAUGACGCAGGUGGCUCUCUCGAUGCUAUGUACGAAGCCAGCCGUAAGAUUUCGCGUAUGAACCCACGUGCCGACAAGAAGUCUGGUGCAGAAAGUAGCAGUAAUGGCAGAAAUUUGUCGUCUGGUGGUACUGCUGGGCCUUCUAGUGGACAGAAUAUGAGCUCGAGUAAAAAUGGUGGUACGUCUAGUAAGGAUGCAUCGGGUGGCUCUUCUUCAAAGGAUAGAUAUGGCGUCAGUGCACCAGCGAGUAGUAGUUCGUCUUCUUCGCACCAAAAGCAUCAUCCCGGGUCUGGACAACAGCAUGCUCAGCAUAUACAUCAAUACGGAAACUACUAUGGUGGUGGAAAGGGUUCGAAAGACUCGUAUUACCGGGAUCAACAGCAGUUGCCUCCUCCAGGUGCAACAGCAUUGACUUCCCACCUGUGGGACCCGCAUCAACAACAUCCAGGCCACCAAAGUUCGCCUCCAGGAUUUGCGUCACCGAACGCUGGCGCCGCGGGUGUGCCGCCACCAAGGCUUCCGCAUCGACUGACGCAGCACUCUCGAUUGCCACCUUCAUCCCAGGGUUUGGGAUUAGAAUACUCAGAGCCGGCAACUUUAAAUACAGCGGCUACACAUGGAACCAGACACUCCGAAACACCUCUCUACGAUCCUAGCAGCGCAUAUGAAUACGUACUUGCUUAAGAUACCUUCUUUAAGUUCCCUUAGGUUGGGUUUCUUGGUUUAUUCUCGUCGUUCUAUUCUCAUCAUCGUCCGAUGUUGAACAUAGACGCACAAAGAUAUUUUGAGGAUCUGUUUCUCAGACGCUUUUGAUUCAUCUUUCUCAAUUCCUUAAAACAGACCCCAAAGUCUGCUGAUAUGCGCCGUGCAUCGAACGGAAAUCCUGCUGGAACACCGAUGACCAAUAUAAAAGCGCCAUAUGAGCAGGAUCCUUUUAUGAUGGCUAGCGUUGACCCUUUGGCGAUGGGUAUGCCAUCGAUGUACUUCGAUCCAUACCUGAACGCAUACGUGAUGCCGCAAUUGCCAGGUAUACAACUUGAUGUUACUAUGCUGGAAUUGCUUCUCUAUUAUUUUUCGUUUAUUGUUCGACGCGUAACAUGAUUUAGUAGAAUUAGUCAAAAAAUAAGGUGUGCAUCUUCAUUGAUAAUUUUCGAAUUUUCCCACAUCGAUAUCUCCUCUUCCCAUCGCCAUCUUCUUCUUCUCCUCCCACACAACAGGUCACUAUCCUAUGCCUGGCGCUUAUGAUCCCGCAAUGAUGAGUAUGCACUAUCCUCCAGCACCAGGGCUGCCAGAGGAGUAUAUGCGUCACAAGGGGAGCGAAUCUCCCGCGGAAAAAGGACAGAAAGGUGGAAGACAUAAGGGAAGACCGGAAGCGCCGGAGGUACGAUUUAUAGUACUUGAAUGGUUCUAAUGAAUUAGGGUCGGAGCAAAAGUAGCGAAGUUGUAAGCUUCAUGUCUUGAACAGGAGUCCUUACCACGAGUAAUAGAAACUGUAUCAACCAAGAUAAAGCAGCGACGAUAACACCCACAUCUUCAUUUUCCUUAUACCUAUCGAUUCCUACCAAAAUCAUGAUCUCCCCCAAAAAUACUACAGACCAUGUCCCAGCGUCGUGGGUCCCUCCACAAAGCCUUGUACGCUGGAUCGCAAGCUCUUGCGAACUUGCGCGAGAAGGAACUGGGGUCUGGACAGAGUACUGGGUCCGCUGGUAGCAAGAGUUCGUCUGGUAAGGGGUACAGAAAGAAGAAAUACAAAGGAGACGAGGAGAUGGACCCCGAGAAGCAAGCUCAGAUCCUAGCCGCGCAUAAAGCUGCUUACGAAAGAGCUGCAAAGGGACAGACGGCUGAAGGUAAUUCUUGUUUACAGAGAGACCGAUGCCACUUACGUGCACUUUUUUACGGCGUAGAAGGUAACACCUCAUGCACCUUAAUACCCGAAAAAUCUUGGUCGUGAUAUUCUCGAACCGACUCUACCACCUGAUCUAAACAUGAUCCUCAUAAUUCUGCUCACUCGCACAACCACAGGUAUGACCAUGAUGUUGAAGAAUAUACCGAAUAAGUAUUCGCGUGAUAUGCUCGUGGACCGAUUAGAGCAGGACUACAAGGGAAAAAUCAACUUUCUCUAUAUGCCCAUCGAUUUCGUCACGGAAUGCAAUGUUGGUACAUUCCUUUGGUCACUACUCCUCUAUUUGCAACACAACGUCGUCUCUUCCUGACGUCGUCAAUUUCAUAACGUUUUAUCUCGUAGUUGUAGUUUUCGUUGCAAUCGAGACCUUUUCUCCAUUCCCAUGCGAGCUAUACUAGAUAGUUGACUACCCAAAAUCAACUUCCUAUAAUUGCAGGUUAUUGUUUCCUCAAUUUUCGCACCGAAGAGGACGCAUUGAGUUUCCAAAACGCUUACAAUGGAUACCACACGAAGAAAGUGCUACCGGGAUACAACAGCAGUACUUACUUUGACAUUUUCUUGGAUGGUGUGACUGUGGUAUUGAUUGAAAUACUUUUAGCAACUGGCAUGCAACUAUCUCUUCAAACUUGAAAUAAGUUGCACGACGUCCUCUUCAUCUUGCUCUUGUCCGUUGACCACUUCUUCUACAAAUCACAGACAAAGUCGCGGAGGUCUCGCGUGCUGCAGUACAGGGGUUGCAUUUGAAUCUGGAACGCUUGAAGCGCAGUCCUUUGUUGCCUAUGCUCAAAGCGAGUCAGGUUUGGCAACCAUUGCUCUUCGACGAAGAAGGAGUUCGCUUUUCAUUCCCGUGCGAGACCGACACACCCUCUAAAGGUGCAGCCAGGCAACGCCACGCGGAAGAGAAAUACGGAGGCAAGGGAAAUUCAUCAGGUAAAGCACAACUACGAGAGACGAUGAAUAGUAAAAUGAAUGCUGGUAAUACAGCUGGUGCUAGUGCGUCUACUUCAAAAGCUACUGCAGAUGAUAGUGCUUCUUCGAGCACAGCGAAUCGAGGAAAUACGAGAGGAACGGCCGAGGAACGAGAGACACAACGAGAGUCCAACAAGGAACCUCAAAAUACAGCCUCUACUACUACUAAUGCUACAACUAGUAAGAAAAAUAUCAUUGCUAGUACGAACAUUGCUAGUUGUACAGCAAAGAAUCCAAACGCUAAUACUGCUACAGCUGGUAACGUUAAUGUGAAAAGAACUACUUCCAGCAGUGGGAGCAAUAAAAAGACGGCCAACGCCUCUUCGACAUGGACAACAGCUAGUACUACUGCGACCGGAGGACCAAGCGCCAUGUCUGGAGUUAGCGCAGGAGCAGCUGGGGCUAGUACGUCCGGGAUCGACAAAACAAGACCUGAUGUGGCAACUAGAACCACUUCUAGUAGCGCGAAAGCAGCAGCUCCAACAAGUCAUCUAUUGCAUUCUCCCAUGCAGGUUCCCUCUUUUACAUCCGAGAUCCAUAACAAGAACCGCAACAUAUCUAUCUCCAGUUUAGAGGACAACUGUGGUGGGGGCAAGACUCUUCUUUUGAUAGACGAAUGCUUGCGAGAUGUGGCAAAUCCUGCUGAGAACACGAAGACCGACAAGACCAAGACUGACACUACCAAGCAAACUUCUACAGCAGCAGCUGCCAAGAAAGAAACACUUGCUACAAAAACGACUACUGCGGAUUCUAGUGCAAAACCUGUUGUGAAGCCUGGUGUUGCAGCGACUGUAGUUCCCGAGGUGGAAAACCAGCAGAUGGAGGAGGGCAAGAAGGAAAGCGGAGACGUCCGCAACGGGGAAUCCACGUCUCAGCACGUAGCAGCAGCUAGCUCUUCUACAGCUACUUCUCGCAGUUCUUCGUCACCAGAACAAGUAGUGACUAGCAGCUCUUCCUCGGGAACCUUGGAGAAUACUAGUGAGCUUCCUUCUAAUAACCCAGAAGCUGGUCGUCCUACUCGCACGAUUCUUCUUAGACCGGAGACCGUGACCUUGCCUAAAACCACGAGUACUACUAGUAGUGCUAGUUGUAAUCCUCCAGAGCUCAUGUCCAACGGCAUCAGAGAUGCCUUAGGACUCGCUUCAACACUGACGCAUUCUUCUCUCACCUCCUUCGGAUCAGUCAUUAGUGUGGAGAGUGGAGAGAGGCAGUCAGUCAGCUCAGAAAAGUCGAUGGAAAGCAGAAAUUCUCUAGUAAGGCAAAAAAAAUCCAUAUCCAACCAGAGUAAAGGAGCAGAUGAAGGUGGAGUAGAAACAGAGUCGUCUUCUCCGUCCGGAUCGUCUUUGUCGCGUCUGCUUGGCAAUUGCUCUCUCUCUACAGUGUCAGUUUCGCGACGUUCUACAAAGACACUCGAACAAGCAGGCACGUUGACGACACCUGGGUCAGGGUUUGCACCUACUUCACAAGAAAGUGCUAGCAAUACCAAAAACAACAAGAAGAACUCAACAUCCUGUUUGAAGCGUAAAGAAGUAGUGCCAAGUCCUCGGACAUCAAAGCAAUUUGCAGUUCCCGUACCAGUGCCGAACUCUUCCUCCUCAAGCGGCGAUGAUCAGACCCACUGUUCCUCGACGCGGACUGGCACUACGACAGCAUACAUGACGGAGCACAGUCACACAGGACAAACUAGAACCGCAGCAAGCAAGUACGAUGAGGAGGGGGAGCAGGAGGAUGCUCCGUCACAGUCGUAGAGGGAGUUCUUGAGCAUGCCAAGACAUGGAGUGGGGAGAAGAGAACACCAAAGUGGGUGUAGCACCAGUGUGGAAGGAGGAACAAGGUGUUCUCAUACCGUGAGGAGCCUGAAUAGCGACAACGCUUACUACAGCUGCCAAUUACAACUACUACGAAUACGACUACAUCUCUACAACGAAGCACUACAUCUUCGCAUUCGAGCAAUUUUGACUGCUUCUUCUGGCCCUAUUCCCACGAGUGACAGCGUCCUGCGGUCGUAGUAGCUGUGCGGAAGGAGCUAUCUACGGAAGCAGAGGUACAUGGCAAAACUAGUAAGUGCCUACUAACGAAAGAAAUACAACGGCUCCUCCGACAGAUCCUCGGAAAAUUCUGAGAAAAGCGAAAGAUCUGAUGAAGAUCCUGCUAUGAAGAUCCAAAAACAACAAUCAAGGAAAGUAGAACUCGAGACUAACUAUACCACUAAGUAGUAGUACAUACUCAAGGGACCACUGAAAGGAAAAGAAUGAAAAUCUCCUUCAGGAGAUCAGAAUGAAAAAAAUUUCUGCUUGUUUAGUACUGAGAUGCUGUGAUCACAAGAUCUCCAGAGGGCCGUUCAACAGAGACUAUCCACGAGAGAUCACGAGACGCAUAUUGAUUAUCAUCAUGUCUGCAGCUUUCGUUCUUAUCUACAAAUUUUAAUACAUUUCAGGCGAAAAGUCGUUAAAUCACUAUAUUGAAAUUCCGAGGUACCUAAAACGAGUUAAGAUCAUGACCACCUUCUCCCCGCAACGAAAUAUAUAUUCCACUUAUCGAAAAACUCAGGUAACAGCUAUGGAAAAGGGUCGGCAAAAAGUGGCUACGACAGUUCUAUGUGGCAGCAAUCUACAACGACGCCAAAUACCGCACCUGGAAAUAUUAUAUCGAUAAACAGCUACCUUCCCGCCACGACACCUCCCAGUGCUGCUCUUUAUGUACUACAAGUGCUAGAAGUUUUCUUUAUAUAACUUGGAUGUAGUAAGACCUGGUAAGUACUGAAUAUCGUGAUUAAGAUAUUGUAUUCAGAUAUUGUACUAGGUACUAAUUUGAUGUGAAAAUCGAAACUGUUCUAGUUCUCGUUCGCAGUGAUCAACAAGGCAAAAAGCACCAUAUCAAGCAAUGUUUUCCUACAAAAAAAUAUCUCAUUCAGGUCGCGCCAGGAAGUGAAGCGUCGAUCAUGAGUAUGGGAGGCUACGACAAUCCCGCCAUGUAUACGCCGGUCGUCGUUCGCAGCCAAGACCCACAUAGUCCCAGGAGCAACAACAACUACGACAAAGUCCCGGGCAAGGGCGGUUACAUUGAUACUUCUAGUCCCCCAAUUGUUGCCCUUGUUUCGCCUCACGACACUACUGCGAUGACAAUGCCGAGUCUUCAUCAGCAACUCCAUCAGGGCCAGCUGAGUCCCGGUUCGGCGCCGAGCAGUCCGAUCUCGAACCGAUCGUUGGCACAGCAAAAAAUCAGUGACGAAGUGCGUAUCAACGUGACGCAGAAACACUUGGAGAAGUUCUUCGAUCCAAACGACGGCUCGAUCUCGCCGACUGAAAGACAGCUCAUUCUCAGCGUACUGAAUAGAGUUCUUUUGCAUUUUUCUUCCGCUCAUUUACUGCGUAAUUUGCUACUUACAAAGUCUCUACCUACUAAGAAAGUCAUAUUUUCCAUUUCCACUGCAUACGCAGAAUUCCUUAAGGCGGACUUUCUCGAAAACUUACGCUCCCUACCUUCUCCCAACGACCUAACAGGCUAUGGACUCAGACGGUUGGAUUCCUGCAACGGCUUUGACCGGAUUAAAAGAUAUGCACUACCCAGGAACUGAAUUAAUGCUGGAGAGUCUUCGGCGAACAAAGGCGUUGGAAGUCUCUGAGACAGAUGGUUUCCGCUUUCGACCUCAUAAUCGCGCAAAAGAGGAGCUGCAAGCAACCAUUGCUUAAGGGUCGUGUUUACAAGAGUAACUGCACUUAGACGAUUAUUUAGAGGUAGAAGCAUUAAUUGUGAUCAUAAGAGACGUUAGAGUUACUUUCCAAAAGUAAAAUUACGAUAGCAUGAUCUGUAAGCUUUGCUUUCUAAGAAGGGUGUUGUACUACCAGGGUCAGUCUCAACAAGUACUACAACAAUAGCAUGAUGGGAACGCGAUUGGCUCAGAAGAUUUUGAGGAAUAACUUAAAAGUGAUAAGUUUCACGGUUGACCCGCUAGCUUAUUGCGGAGAUGUAGUAUUUCUAUUGUUCUGAAGUAGUAUUUCAUUAAAAAUGGAGGAAAGAAUGCCAGAAAAGUGUUGUGGUUUGUGAAAGAGCGUCGUGCUAGCAGUAGUUGUAGUUGUAGCAGAAGCAGUGGCAGAACGCCUUGUCAUCGUAACAUGCAAGGAGUCCACGUUGUUUAGGUGUACUUACGUUGCCUAGGUCCACCUUGUCUGUGUUCACGUUGUCUAGGCUCCCCAAUUUCCUCAUACCGGACGUAUGUUCUAUUCACUCACUCAAUGGUCUUACAUGCUAAUUUUCUAGAGAAGUAGAGAGUUUGGCUGUGAUAUCCUGGACUUCGUCAGUAUUUGUGCGUGUUAGUGCUAGAUCAUGGAUGAAGUCAAGCGCCAGACAGUACUAAGAUCGUGAUCUUCUGUGUUAUUGUUCUGUAAUAUUUCUUUCCUAGUCCUCUGAUUACACUAUUGAUCAUCUGAGUAUUUAAGAGUAUUGAUGACACCAACCGAAGACUAGGUAAUGGACUAGCUUAGAUGUUGUCUUCACAUGUUCGUAGAGAAGUUAGGUUUUUUUAAAUCUAAUGAUGCCUCGUUGUAGCAGACUUCACACAUUUAACUACACAUCUACAGCAAACUCGCUCUUACAUCACAAAUGUACCUUCACUCGACUUAGCGCAUUUUCAUUUUACGAUCGGAUACAUCUUUCCGUAUAGAUUGCAGCAUCUAGAUUUGCCGAUGAGAUGGCAUCUAGAGAAAGUAGGGAUUGCAAAAAUCCUAUAUCUUCUUCUGACAUCCCAGACGCUAGACAGCUUUCAAGAGCACAACUUUUGGGACACAACUUUUGGGACCACGCACCAUUUACUUUUAUGUUAGACGAAAGUCGCGCUAGGCACAUCCUCGUCAUCAUCAUGAAGAUUCUGAUUCGCCCUAAAAGCUGACUCUUGUUCUCCCUGGAAAAAUUCGCAUUUUGAUCUAGAAAUUAGAUGUUAGCAGACUUUUGUACUUAGAUCACGCUGGCUAGUGGUAGAAGGUGCUCCCAAGCAACCUACUUCUAAGAGGUACACCAGAGUCCAAGAAUAGAAGAAAGAUAAGGUAUCUAUCUAUAGGGUGGAUUGACGUACUCGACCAGAGUCCAGAAUUAUAAAAGGAAGAGGUCUCUCUUGUGUCCCUUCAAAAUAGCAACACCUAAGAAGAAGGAAGAACACUCUCUUUCUCUAUAGUUCUGGUCCUGCAUGCCACGCUCACACUGUGACUACAAUUUCCAUUAGAGAACUUUCUAGAAUAUGAGAAAGAAAUAAAAAGAAAAUCUCCGCGCAACUACGAUAAACUUAAAGUUUCAGAAACUCAACUACAUACCCUCAGAAGAUUGGUGGCACCUCAUUUGAAAAUGAACACCAAAAUGUGAUGAACCUUCACGAGCUUGUGGUCCUGAUUCAAGGACCACAAGCGUAAAUGAUGUCG